UGUGUUUUGGAUCAGUUGCUUUGUCUGCUGAGGAUCCCUUUCUGUAGACUUAACAAUAUGAAUGUAAUCUGCUAGGUCAGAGAGAACAGCAAGAAAGAAAGAGCCUUCGAAUUUUAGCCAUAAGGUACUUUGAUAAGAGGAUUUUUAAAAAUUCCCUUUUAACCACAGAACUCCCCCAUCGGAAAGGAUUCUGAAAGAAAUGAAGAAAACCAUCAGAAAUGAAGUCAGUAGCCUCAAGGCCUUCUGUUGACCAGGCUGGAGUUUUGUUACUACAGUUCUUUGGAAUGACGUCAGGAUUGUCCACUGUCCAUCCAUAAAAAUCAGGAUGUCUGCUGAGGUCAUCCAUCAGGUCGAAGAGGCACUUGACGACGAGGAGAAGGAGAUGCUUCUUUUUUUGUGCCGGGAUGUUGCUGAAGAUGGGGCUCCGCUUAAUGUCAGGGAUCUUCUAGAUAUUUUAAGCGAGAGAGGAAAGCUGUCUGUUGUCGGCUUGGCUGAGCUGCUCUACAGAGUUAAGCGGUUUGACUUGCUCAAGCGGAUCUUGAAGAUGGACAAAACGGCGGUGGAGGCCCACCUGCUCAGGCACCCUCGGCUUGUUUCGGACUAUAGGGUGCUGAUGACGGAGAUUGGUGAGGAUUUGGAUAAAUCUGAUGUGUCCUCAUUAAUUUUCCUCAUGAGGGAUUAUAUGGGCCGAGGCAGGAUAGCCAAGGACAAGAGUUUCUUGGAUCUUGUGAUUGAAUUGGAGAAACUAAAUCUGCUUGCUCCAGAUCAGUUGGAUUUAUUAGAAAAAUGCCUGAAGAACAUCCACAGAAUAGACCUGAAGACAAAAAUCCAGAAAUACAAGCAGUCUGGUAUAGCUCGAGGAGCGGGAACAAGUUAUGUAAAUGCUCUCCAGGCAUCUCUUCCAAACUUGAGUCUUAAGGAUCCUUCAUAUAACUUAAGGCUCCAGAAUGGGAGAAGCAAGGAACAGAGACUCAUUGUGGAACAACAUCACAUUCAAAAACCAGUGAAGACUUCCAUUCAGGAAUCGGGAGCGUUUUUGCCUCAGCACAUACCAGAAGAGAGAUACAGGAUGCAGAGCAAGCCGCUGGGAAUCUGCCUGAUAAUUGAUUGUAUCGGCAAUGACACGGGGGCUCUUCGAGACACCUUCACCUCGCUGGGCUAUGAAGUCCAGCAUUUCCUGUAUCUGAGUGUGGACGGUAUAAUCCACAUUCUUCGCCGAGUUGCCCGGAUGCCCCAGCACCAAGACUACGACAGCUUCGUGUGUGUCCUGGUGAGCCGGGGGGGCUCCCAGAGCGUGUUUGGCGUGGAUCCGACGCACUCAGGCUUCCCCUUGGAUCAGAUCAGGAGGAUGUUCAUGGCAGACGCAUGCCCUUCUCUCUUGGGGAAGCCAAAGCUCUUUUUUAUUCAGAACUAUGUGGUGUCAGAGGGCCAGCUGGAGGACAGCAGCAACCUGGAGGUGGAUGGGCCAGCAGUGAAAAAUGUGGAUUCUAAGACAAGGCCGCCUGGGCCCUGUACGGUGCACCGAGAGGCUGACAUCCUCUGGAGCCUGUGCCGAGCCGAUGUGUCCUUGCUGGAGCGGCCCAGCAGCCCCGCGUCGGUGUACCUGCAGUGUCUCUCCCAGAAACUGCGGCAAGAGAGAAGACGCCCCCUCCUGGAACUGCACAUCGAGCUCCACAGCCGCGUGUAUGAUUGGAACAGCAGAGUGUCUGAUAAGGAGAGGUACUACGUCUGGCUGCAGCACACUCUGAGGAAGAAGCUCAUCCUCUCUUGCAAAUGAAAAGACCACCGCCCUCCUUAGCCCUACAGUCUCCCUCCAUCACUAGCCAGAGUGGGGUUUGCAAGUGUGUAUGUGUGGUGUGGGUGAGAUGAGGUCCUGGCCAUGCUGAAGUGACCUGUGCGGAAUGCUUGGUGGGAAGGGGUGUUCAAACUACAGCUUCUGAGGUGGAGGUAUUGGCCCCUGUGUUGGGCCAGGUCAGUGUUGAGAAGGAAAUGGCUUGGAAACUUGAAAAACCAAGUCCUGGCUGACUUGGGCACCUCUGGAGUAUGUUGCCUUCCAUCGUAACAAUCAAGUAAACCAGAGCUAAAGAUAAGCACUUAGAGCGCUUGCAGUCAGAGAGUGAAUUAGCCUGUGGGUAUCCAUACUCCAUGUAGAAAGUGAAA